AGCCCCUGCCCCGCCCCGGCCCGGCCCGGCGGGGAGAGGGGGGCGCGGGGCGGCGCCUGGCUCUGCUUUGCAGCUGCGAAACUUUUCUGCAGGCCGCGGAGCUGCCCCGAGCCCGGCAUGCGGCCGGCGGCGGGCGGCGCCUUUGCGGGAGCGCUGCUCCUGCUCCUGCUGCCGCCCCGGCCCGCCGCCGCCGGGCUCCCCGCGCCGCCGCCGCCGGGCCCGGCGCCCCAGGUUGUUAAAGAUAAGCUGUGGGUUCCAGAUGAGAGUGAAUACCUUGGUGUGAAAGCUAUAGGAUUGCCGCUGUUAAAGGGAACAAGCGAAGACCAUGACUUGCUUUUGACUUCUGCAGCACCAGACAUUCAGUGGAGCCAUUCCUUAUUUGUCUUGAUACCCUCAUGGACAAAGAAGAUUUUGUUCAAACGAGAGUCUUCCAUUAAUCAGCAGUUGCCUGAAGAUGUGCCAAGAAUUUCUGUCUCUUCUGGGUAUGGAGUAACUUUUCAGAAAUGUGCAGUGGUUGCCACUCAGCAUGACCCCCAAACUGCGCAUGUUCGACUUCUAAUUAAUAACACCAACAUGCCAUCCACAGCUAAUCUCACAGAUCUCAUCCUGCUGGACAAUGUUACUGGCCUUCAUGUUCAAAAAAACAGUGGUAAUAAGACUGCAGAUGGAUUCCAGAUAUACAGGAGAACAUUCCUGCAAGCUGGAGAAUACUACUCAGUAGACUACGUUGCCAUUCUUGAUGUAAAAGAAACCUGGAAUAAUAAGAUGUUGACACUGCCUGCUAAGCUGACCUUCUGGAGUACAUCACUGAAUAAAACACAGCUGAGUUCAUUGACAGCAUUACUCACCAUAACAGCAGAGGAGAAGACCAAGAUUUUGUAUAGUUAUGGGAUACAUGUUUCAAGCUUCUUCAUUGCUUUUGCUAUGUCGCUUGUUUUGACAUGUGCUAUUUUUUAUGCUGUCCAUCGAACAAGAAUAUUGAAAUGGAGUUUUUUACACAAAAAACAGGAAAUACAGCAUGAUUCAAAUCAAGAUCACAAACUGGAACAUUCACCAUUUCAUUCAGGAGACAUCUUUAAUGAAGAUAAUCUGAAUGAUCAAAUUAUUGAUAUACUGUCUUUUGAAGAGACUGGAAAGAUGCUUCAAGCUUUAGAAGACUUGGAGGUAGCAAACUUGACUCGGGCAGAUGCCACUUUGGAGGCGUAUCGAAUGCAGAUGUGCAAACAGGUGAUUACCAUGCUGAUGAAGACCAUGGUUUUCCAUCACAGCCUCUCUCCACCUGUAGAAAAAAGGAUGAGUUCAGUUUUCAAAAAGCAAUUUCUUAUAAUGGAGAAUGAGAUCCAGGAAGAAUAUGAAAGGAAGAUGGUGGCUUUGACAGCUGAAUGUAAUCUAGAAAGUAGGAAAAAAAUGGAUGCUCAGCAUCAAAGAGAGAUGGCUGCAAAUGAUGAGGCUGAAGAAUUAAUGAAGCAAGUGAAUGAAAAGUCUGCUAUAGAAUACAAAAGUCUUCUGGAUAAACUGCAUAAACUUGAGCAGAUUCAUAUGAAGAGGCUACUUUUGGUAAAGCAGGAGGAAUACUUUGCUAAGGCUUACAGACAGCUGGCUGUUUCCCAGAGAACUGAGCUUCAUAACAUCUUUUUUGCACAGAUAAAAAAUGCUAUUUUCACAGGAGAAUUGAAAUUAGAAGUAGCUAAAGCAUUAGUGCAUGAUUAUUCUGAGAUACAGGGGAACAUUGAAGAUCUAAUGGAUUUCUUGCAGGCUAACAAGAAAUAUCAUCUGAGUAAAAGAUUUGCUUACAGGGAGUACCUAAUAAAUAAUAUACAGUUAUGGGAUUCACGGUCCUCUUCCCUCUUGAACACAGCAGCAAGCCAGAUAGCAAAUCUCAUUAAUAAAAUGGAAAGAGCUGGUCAUUUGUCUGAAAGUCAUUUGGGAAUCCUGCUGGACCGGGCGCAGGCAGAAGUUCAUUCUGUUGAACAGAAGUUGGAUCAAGGUUUGAAACAUGAAAAGCAAAAACUUCACCAGAAACUCAUUAUUAAGCGAAGAAGAGAAGUGUUGCAGAAGCAGAAAGAACAACGAAAGGAGCAGAUGUCAUUGGGAGAUGCUUUCAAAACCACUAAAGAGGUUAGCCACUACUUGAGGCAGUGGCAAAACCUUGUGAUUGAUCAGGCUGUUGAAUUUGAAGAACUUACUGAAAAGCUUGAUAAUAAUGCCAGUGAAGAACUAAAAGUACUUCAAUUUAGUCUGACAGAGAAAGCGAUUGAGGAGCUUAAACACAUUCAGUAUGGAGUAAUUGCACCAGAACUGUUAAAAUUCAGUGUGCCAAAGUUGUACCUGCUACAAGUUGUAGAGGAACAUAAAAAGGAGAUUGCCAUUAAGACUGAACAGCUUGAAAAAGAAGAACAUGACAAAAAUAUGGCCUUUGAAGAAUUGCUUCAGACUACAAGGAAAAAAGCAAGCCAAGAACUAGCAAGCAGUAUUUCAGAACAAAAAAAAUUAAGGACCUGGGAAAAGUUAGUGUUCAUGAGACUUUUGAGUUUUCCUCUUUCAUUAUCAGAAGAAGAAUUGCUUAAUAUAAGACAAGAGUUUCAUUGCUGCUUUUCUCAGAUAGACACUAACUUGGCUUUGCCCAAGAUACGAGCAAAAACACUGCUUCAGGUCUAUCAGUCAGAGUGGGUGGAAGCAGAGUUGUUGAAAGUGGAUCAGAGCUUAACAGUACCUGAUAAACAGCAACAGUCUAAGACCAAAAAGCAACGAUCCAAAAACAGAAAUAAGAUUGAUAACCUGAAGCAAUCUUUGGAGGAUAAAAUUCACAUCUAUGAAAAGUCAGUUAAAGAUCAACAUCUGAACAAGGUCCGGAAUGAGUUGCUGUUUGAAAAGGAGCAUCAGUUGCAUGCCCUGGAGAAUAAACUUGGAGAGUAUGUUGCUGCUUUACAGUUCCAGAAGACUGAUAAAAAAUCCAAAACAUUAGAGAGAUAUGCUGCCAUCAUAAGUGUUCAAGCUUUGCUUCUGGAACAUCUAAGUGCAUCUAAAAUACUAUCAAAGUCGGAGUGUACCCAGAUUUUAGAGGCACACAGUCCUGAGAUUGAAGAGCUUGACAGAAAGCUGGAAUAUGAAAUGCUACAUAAGGAGUCAGCUCAACAUCAGCAGAACCUAAUAAAUAGGCAGAGAUGGAAUCCAGAUGGAUUUGGACUUUCAGAUGAAGUUGUAGAAGUUAAUGCAGGCAGACAACUGUCUACUUUGCUAAGUCAAGCCAUGAAUAAAUGUAACCAUUUAGUAAACCUACAUCAGCAAAGCUUAAGGGAAGAGCAAUGGAAUAAUGUGGUGCUUGAAGAUCUUUUGGAGAAUAUAGAAAUGGAUACAUUCUUGGCACUUUACAACCAGGAGCUCCGAUUGGCAGGUUAUCUAACCAAACUGACAAUGGUACCAGGAGGGAUGUUGCACAGACUGCUGAACUUACUGCUGCCUUUAAGUUCACAGAGUGAACUUCUUUCUGUUCUGGAUUCAAUCAGUGAUAAGUAUUCAGAUGGUAUUAUUGAAAGUGACAAAAAUACAGAGGAAUCUGGCAGCUGUAGAAAGAGGAAGCACCAAGGGACAUGGCAAGCAUUAGAGAACAAACUAAGGGAAGAUCUGAUAAGCAAAGGUUUGGAGAAGAUGCAUUGCACAAACAAGGGAAAAGAGAGCCUGAUAAAGAAACAGCAACUUGCACUUAUGGAAAGAGCAUCAUUCUUUCAUCUGGAGUGUUUGUCUAGUCAUCCUUUUGUGGAAACUUCCGGCCAGCCCAAUUCACUCAACACUGCAACUGCAGAGGCCAUAGAGCUGUUAGGCACUGGGGAGAAGAUAUUUCUCUUCCGUGAUGAAAUAGAUCCAGUAUUUUGUUUGCAUAGUUCUCCAAAAAAAAAGAAAAAGAAUUUUCUCAAUUCCAAAAAGGCUGUUUUUGCAAGCAUGGAGUGAUGAUGGAUGGAGAAAUCAACUGAAUGCAUUCAUGGGUGAAUUUUUCACUGUGCACUUUUCUGAAGAUCUGACUAAUUAGCUCUGCAGUGAAGCAUCACAUUCUACACAUGCAUUGGUAUUAGGGCACAGUAAAUUAAUUAAUUCCAUCCUGGCUCAGACUGCUGCGGUCCUGGAUACACGUGUAAACACUGCACCCAGAAGCAGCUGACUCCAGUGUGAACUAUACUGGAGUUUUAUUUCUGCGCAUUAAUUGAAUACAUAGUUGCACCCAGUCUGGGAAGGGAAAAUUAUUUCCAAAAAGAUUAUGAAAAAGGCUACAGUGUACAGUUUAUAUAUUUUUAAGGAAACAGUUUUUGUAUAAGUUUUAAUAUUAUGAUUUUAUCAGUGUAAAUAGUUUCAUUUUUAAAUCUGGAUCCUGUCCUCCGUCAUCCAGCAGUAAGCAGCAUAUGCCUAGUAACUACUGCAUUUGUGCCUACAAGUGCCAAUAGUGAAUAUAUAUGGUACACAUAAUGGAGGACAGGGUCUAGCCCUCACAAAAAUCAUUUUUUGUUAUUUUGGCAUGGAUAUUACUAUGCUUUAUAUUUUUUUUGUAAUUAUUUAUAUGUCUAGUUAAUUUAUUACAUGGUGUGAAUCCCUGAUUAACCAUAUUAUAGGUUACAGUCUUAAGUACAGAUAAAUAUAGGGGAAAAUUUUAUUGUGCCAGCUGUCAAAAUGUGGUCAUUUAUGUGUUGUUAAUAGUCACUGUUGUAAAUUGGAUUUUAAUUUUGCAAAUUGUUUCCCAAAAUUACAGCUGAUAGAUCAGAUCCUCCAAACACAGAUACAUGCAUUUAACAUAAGCAGCUCUGAGGGCUUCAGUUUUUCAUUGUCACCUCUAAAUUUAGCUCUAAUAGGAAUGUUCAGAUGAGUCAAGUUCAGCACAGGCAUACAUUUUUAUAGGACCCGACUUAAUCUUUAUACGGGUGGAGCAAUAAUGUUGUAUUUGUUCACAUUAAAAGAAGAAAAUGGAAAAGGGUUAUGCAAUAUUUUCACAAGGCAGUAAGGAGUACAAUAUUGCUUGGUAUCAUAGUUUUAGGUGUAUUUUGAAGGUACUAGUCCAGGAUUCUAGGAAAUCUGUGAGAAAUUCAGUUUCCAUUUAAAAAGAAAUUAAGACCUUAAUCUUCAUAGUUGACAGAAAAAGCUUGAAAACUUGCAUCCUAAAAGCAACAACAGAUAAAUAAAAAGAACCCAAACAUUAAUAUGUUUUAAGAAUUCACUAUAUUUAAGCCUAUUGCAUGAUUUUUGGAGCCUGAUUUACAGUUUUUGAAUGCUAAUGGAAUAAAUAUGCUUAGAAGUGGUCAUGUAUUCAAUAUAUUUCUUUAUGUAAAACAGGUUGCAAUUGAUGAUAAAGGUGCCAGCUCUGGAUUUAUUGUAAAAAUAAGCAGAAAAGUCACAUUUCUUUACAAGCUAAAAACUUUAUAAUAAACUAUGGAACCACUAA